ACCGUCGAUUGUCGGAGAUAACCAUAGAUCUCAUGUACCACGGUGUGUAAUAAACAGUAAUCGCUCUCGACGAAAGCUGAUAAAAAACAAGAUCUUCCGUCGCCGCUGCCGACUGACUUCGACUACACUUGCCGGUCCACCACUUGUUCGACGCCUAGGCCAACUGUUCGAAAUUAUAUCGGCUCCCGUUGUGUAUAACUGGAGAACUGGAAUUGCAUUUUGCUUCACAUCGUAUCCGUGUUAUACGACCGUCAUCAGGAUCAAUAUAAGGCACACAUUUUUUACGGCGUCUGUUGAUUGUACGUUUUGAACGUUCCGCUGCCGUUUGAUUCUUGGUCUAAGUAUACAUUAUAAUUUAGUCAAUAAUCAUUAAAAUGUCGAAAAUGGCAGAAAGUAAUAGUAAUAUCAUUUUAUUUGAUAUGGCUAAAAACGAAUUAUUUGAUAUAAAUGAUAAUUUAAAAAUUUUAAGAAGAAAACUUAAAGUCGCAUAUAAUAUUGCCAUAAAUAAGUAUGAGAUCACUAUGGACGUUUUAAAUGGUGUUCAAUUAGUUGUAUUUGGAGCUCCACGAGCCAUGUUUUCUGAAGCAGAAUUUAAUUGUCUUCGUAAAUACAUAGAUCUUGGAGGAUCUGUCUUAGUUAUGUUUACUGAAGGCGGAGAAAAAGAAUUACAUACAAAUAUAAAUUAUUUAUUGGAAGAAUUUGGUAUUAUGGUAAAUAGUGAUUAUGUAUUGCGCACCCAUUAUUAUUUAUAUUUCCAUCCCAAGGAAUGUCUUGUUAAUGAUGGUGUAGUAAAUGAAGCUGUGGCCAAGUAUUUAGGGCGAGAAAAUGAAAACUCAUUAAAAUGUAUAAGUUUUGUAUUUCCUUAUGGUGCUAGUUUAAAUGUUGCAAAACCAGCUGCGCCUAUUCUUACUAGUGGUUCAGUUGCUUAUCCUUUAAAUAGACCACUGUGUGCUUUUUAUUCCGCUUCAAAAUAUUCCAAUGAAGCCAAAAAAGGAAAACUGGCUGUCAUUGGUUCUGGUCAUUUAUUAACGGAUAAAUAUAUUAAUUGGGAAGAAAAUGAUAAAAUACGUGAGAUUCUAUUUGAUUUUUUAAUCACAGACAAUAUAACACUAAAUGAAAUUGAUGCUAAUGAUCCUGAGACUUCAGAUUAUAAAAUGAUACCAGACAUAGGAAUGCUUUCAUCUCGUGUUCGUACUUGUCUGCAGCUUCAAGAAAGUUUAAAUAACACUGGUCAUAUAUUAUUUUCAGCUGACAAUAUAAAUUCUCUUAUAGAUACUAAAUUGUGUUCUCUAAAUACUUCAAUGUUACCAGAUACAUUAAACGCAUACAAAACUUUAAAUGUUCCACACAAUCAGUUACAACUGAUUCCUCCUACAUUCAAUGAUACCUUACCAGCUUUACAAUUUGCUGUAUAUCCACCUCCUUUUCAAGAAUUGCCAUCACCAUUUUUAGAAUUAUUUGAUCUUGACAGCAUUUUUGGUUCAGAAAAAUCAUUAUUAGCACAAUUAGCUAUGAGUUAUUUAGAAACAGAAUCUAGUGAAAAAACAGUCGAAGAUAAUAUUAAUCAAUUUAUUCAUGAUGUUAAUGAAAAUUUAGAAUUUAUUGGUCACAUUAACGACUGUAAAGAAGUAAUACAAACAGUCUUUUCAUUUAUAAAUAACUAUAAAAAUUAAGUUUUUUUGUUAACU